AUGCAAUCGCUUUCACGUACAACGCCAUUCAAGGUCAUCAAUCCCAAUGCAUCGCCACCUGAUCUCAUUACUACCAUGGAGGCCAAAAAGCUUGCAUCGCCACUACAGCGACAGCAGCAGGCGACGCCUUUGAAAGCAGCAAGUGCAACACAAAGAGCACCAUCACAGCAGCAACAGCAACAGGCUUCUCCCACCAGUGCAGCAUUUCUAUAUCAACAGCAACAGCAACAACAAAUCCAAAGGCUUCAAUACUUUCAUUCUCGACCUCCAGUUUAUGUGGCUAAUCCAUCAUUUGGUUUACAAGACUUUGAGCUUAUGGAUACACUUGGCACAGGCACUUUUGGACGUGUUUAUCUUACCCGUUUCCGUACUACCAACAAGUAUUAUGCCAUGAAAGUAUUGAAGAAAUCAGAGGUGGUUCGAUUGAAGCAGGUUGAGCACCUUUUAUGGGAAAAGCAAAUCCUAGCAUCGGUCCGGUUUCCUUUUAUUGUUGAUCUCUUUUGUGCCUUCCAAGACAAUACCAACUUGUACAUGCUACUCGAAUACGUGGUGGGCGGUGAAUUGUUUUCACAUUUACGACGAGCUGGCCGAUUCACCAAUGACAUGACCCGCUUUUAUGCAUCCGAAAUCGUCUUGGCUAUCGAAUACCUUCAUUCAAAAAACAUUGUCUAUCGCGAUCUCAAACCAGAGAACCUCCUUCUGGAUCAUCAUGGACACGUUGUGCUCACUGACUUUGGCUUUGCAAAGCAAAUCGAUGACAGGACAUGGACAUUAUGUGGUACACCCGAAUACCUUGCACCCGAAAUCAUUCAAAGCAAAGGCCAUGGCAAAGCAGUCGAUUGGUGGGCACUUGGUAUCUUGAUAUUCGAAAUGUUGGCAGGAUAUCCACCUUUCUUUGACGACAACUCCUUUGGCAUUUAUGAAAAGAUCCUCACAGGCAAGGUACAAUUCCCAAGUCAUUUUGACGCAUUGGCCAAGGAUCUUUUGAAGCGAUUGUUGGUGAGCGAUAGGACAAAGCGGCUGGGUAAUCUAAAGGGUGGAUCGGAUGAUAUCAAACGACACAAAUGGUUCCGUGGUGUGGAUUGGAUUGGUCUAUUGGAAAAGACUGUGCGAGCACCGAUCAUUCCAAAAUAUCGACAUCCUGGUGACACUAGCAACUUUGAGCAAUACCCCGACAAUCAACUUCCUGAACAAGAUCCAACAGGUCAAGAUCCUUACAAGGACAAAUUCCGUGCUUUUACAUCUUGA